UUAGAAGAAGAAAUUGAGGAAGAAAAGGAAAAUAAGAUCGAAGCUGAAUAAUUAAGAAGAAUGCUGGAAAAAGGCAAUGGGCAUCCAACACAAAUGGAAAUGUCUCUAGGGUUUCCACUGGUGGCCGUGGCCGUCGACAAAAACAAGGGAAGUCAGAGUGCAUUGCAAUGGGCAGUGAACAACCUCGUUCUCAAGGGACAGGUUCUUACUCUCAUCCAUGUCAAAGUCGAGAGUCACUCGUCGGUCGGCCACAAGGAAUCCAAGAAUCACAAAGCGAAAGAUAUCUUCCUUCCAUUUCGUUGCUUUUGUUUGCGCAAAGAUAUAUACUGCAAGGACGUGGUGUUGGGAGGGCAAGACGUAGCUAAGGCUAUUACUGAAUUUGUCUCCCAUGCUGCCAUCGAGAAGAUGGUCGUCGGUGCCUCAUCGAAGAGUGCAUUUGUCAGGAGGUUCACCGGCCACGACAUCACCGGCAACAUCAUCAAGAAGGCUCCCAAUUUCUGCAGCGUCUAUGUCAUCGCUAAGGGAAAGUUAUCCUCCACUCGCGUAGCUCUGCUUCCAGCUCCGGCCAACUCUCCGUUUCGCGAUCAGAUUCUAACCGAUGCCAGCUUCAAGCCCGAUACCUUCGGUUGUUUUUCAAGAGGUUCUCUCUCGUCGAGUGACUUAUUGAGGGGAAUGGCAUGGGACGGUCAGAGCCCGCGCCAUGAUGAAUCAAUCAGAUCGCGACCUUCCAACGCAAAUUCGCAGACGGAUCACUCGCUGACCGACAGUGUGGCAUACUUCGCGUGGUCCGACGCCGACAGCAGAUCAUCGUCUGUGAGCUCUGCGAGGCCGAGCUGCGCUUGCGCUUUACCUUCGAGGGCAUCCAACGCAUCGGAAGGCUUCGAUCACGACUUCGAUAGGAUCACGACGCCGUGCGGAAAGCUCAGUUCGUGCGGCCUCACCGGACCCGCCUUCGGUUGGAUCGAACAUGAAAGCGAUGGAAUAAUGGCUCUGUCAUCACCGACGGUCAUGGAAGGCAUGGAAGAAGAGGUGAAGAGAUUGAAGCAACAACUGGAGCAAACCAUGGAUAUGUACAACAGAGCUUGCAAAGAAGCAGUCGCUGCUAAGCAAAAAGCAGCAGAACUCCAGUCUUGGAGAUCGGAGGAAGAGAAGAGGGUCGAGGCGCAGACGAUAGAGGAAGCUGCGAUACAACUAGAAGCGCAGAGGAAAUAUCUACUCGAGAGGAAGCUAAAGGAGGAGGUGGAGGACAAAAGGAGGGAAUUGUAUUCCCUGUCACAGUUAGAUAUCCGAUACCGGAGAUUCUCAAUGGAAGAAAUCGAGAUCGCCACGGAAUCUUUCGCGGAAUCACUGAAGAUCGGAGAGGGAGGUUACGGCCCUGUCUACAAGUGCUAUCUAGAUCAUACAAAGGUUGCCGUUAAGGUUCUUCGCUCAAAUGCAACUCGAGACCAGGCAGAGUUUCAACAAGAGAUUGAGCUCGUGAGUUGCAUCAGGCACCCGAACAUCGUCCUCCUUUUGGGUGCAUGCCCGGAGCAUCGCUGCCUUGUGUACGAAUACAUGGCCAACGGAAGCUUGGAGGACCGCCUGUUCCGGCGAGGGAAUACGCCGGCGAUUCCCUGGCAAUUCCGAUUCAUCAUCGCGGCCGAGAUCGCGACGGGGCUCCUCUUCUUGCACCACAUGAAACCCGAACCGAUUGUGUACCGAGUCCUCAAGCCAGGGAGCAUCCUUCUCGACAAAUACUACGUGAGCAAGAUCAGCGAUGUCGGCCUUGCGCGGCUGGUUCCGACCUCGUCGGUUUCCGGCGAUGUCACACCGUCCGAGUCGGCAUUCUGCUGCUAUAUCGAUCCAGAGUACCUCCAAACAGAGCCGCCGGCGGUGGAAUCUGACAUAUACUCACUGGGAGUUGUGCUGAUGCAGAUUUUAACGGCCAAGCCUCCCGACGGACUGACACAACUCUUGCGCCUAUCGAUCGAGGAAGAUAAAUUCGCUCGAGUGUUGGAUCCAGCAGUGGCCGAUUGGCCGGUCGGAGAGGCACGAAAUCUCGCCGAGAUCGCUCUCAAGUGCACCGAGACGCAAAGGAUUGGUCGGCCUGAUCUUGAAACUACAGUGAUGUUGGAACUCAAGAGGCUAAGAGAUCUCGCAGAAGAUAGCAUGCUUUGCAAGGAUAACUUUAGUGAUUCAGUAUGGACACCAUCAGGAUCUGAAAGUUCAAGAACUAACUCAAGUGGAUCAUGGGCCACAUGAUGAAGAAGAAGAUCAGAUGUUGCUUGACAAAGGGUGCCACAAAGAUUGUAGUUUUCUUGUUCUUGAAUAAAUCAUUAGUUCAUAAUGGUUUGUAUAUAUAUAAAUUAAUGAUGGUCCAAUGUAUGUAUGUCUCAUUGUGACCUGGUCUGGUUUUUGUUAA